ACCAAAGUCGGCGCUGACUUCCCCUCCGAACAAAAACAAAAACAAAAAAAAAAAGGAAAACGAACAAAAAGAAUACAGAAAUUAUUCCCUUCCGAGUGAUUUAAGUUUCCUGAAAUGGAGCGAACCAAGAGGAAGUUGGGCGGCCAUCGUCGCUUUGACCAUGAGCUGCCCCUCCAUCAGAGGCUACUGGGCGGAAUUCAGAGGAGUUUCGGAACAACGAUGGCUCUUCAGGUUCAGAUGCAACCCAACGAUGAGAAAAGUCACUUAACGAACGUGGAGGCUUUCAUUAAUGUCCUGAAAUGUGCUUUAGGCACUGGCUGUUUGGCCAUGCCGCGAACCUUUCUGUAUGCCGGCUGGUUGACUGGACUCAUUAUGACGAUAGUCCUUUGCUCCUUUGUGGUAUAUGCCAUGCAUAUUCUGUUAAAUGACAUAAAUGAAAUGGAAAGACGCUUUGGUGUGCCUCUGCUUUCUUAUGGAAAGAGCAUGGAAGUAGCUGUGGCAAUUGGACCCAGAAGGUUUCAGUUUCUGGCCAAGCCAAUGCAUUAUUUAGUGGACAUUCUGCUGUCCUUGGAUCACUUUGGUGUGGACUGUAUCUAUGUGGUUUUCAUAGCCAAGAUUUUAAAGGCUUUGGGUGAUAUAUACUUUUGGCCAUUCGAUGAGAGGAUCUAUAUGGCUCUGCUCCUGCCGCCCUUGACCAUUACCUUUGCGACACGCAAAUUCAAACAUUUAGUACCAUUAUCCUUUAUAUCCAACUUAAUGUUAGCUAUUGGCUUCCUCAUCAGUUUAAGCUACAUGAUUCGGGAUCUGCCCGAGUUCCGUGAACUUAGUCCAACUCAAUCAUUGAAGAAUCUAUCCCUAGUCUUUGGAACCCUUCUUUUUUCCAUAGAAUCGGUGGGAGUGGUCUUGGUACUUCGUCGUAAAAUGCGUACACCGGCGGACUUGGUGGGAACGUGUGGAGUCCUUAAUCGUGGCAUGUUUGUAAUAAUAGUCUUCUAUGCAGUAUUUGGACUCCUUGGCUAUUGGCAUUACGGCCAGGAUACGGCAAGCUCCGUUCUACACAAUCUGCCAAUCGAUGAAAUACCUACCCAGAUAGUGGCUGGAUUAUUUGCCUUGGGAAUCUUCUUUAGCUACGCCCUACAGGGUUUCGUGACCGUGGACAUCAUCUGGCGUGACUAUAUGGAACCGAAGAUGGAGGCAGACUCAUUUUCAUCCAAAUUUGUGGAGUACCUGGUGCGGAUGGCCUUGGCAAUUGCCUCUGUGCUGGUGGCCAUGCGAUAUCCGGAUUUUUGGAUGCUACUCUCCUUCGUGGGCUCCUUUUGCCAGGCCCAACUGAGUUUUAUCAUUCCGGGCAUCCUGAAUCUUUGUGUACGAUAUGAGGAAGGCUAUGGACCUGGAAGGAUCCUAUUCUGGCGAUCGAUGAUAUUUAUUGGCGGUGGCCUGAUUGGAGGUAUAACCGGUACAUUGGCUACCAUGGGUAAUCUUGAUGAUGAAUAUCCCAUUAUUAGUGUCAUAUGCAUAAUCAUGGUACAAAAUAAGCUCUCUUCAAAUUUCUAUGGUAUGGCCGAAACAGAGGUUUACAAUCCAUACAAUAAUCGAAAUGUUGCUUCCCCAUUAUCGAAUGUUGGUGCCUUUGUGACCUUAAUGAGUUGUGUGGUUGGCGUGGGAUUCCUGGCUUUACCCUUGGGUUUUUUCUUUGCUGGAAUCCUCAAUGGCAUCUUCAUACUCAUAGUGGUCACAGUCCUUCUCGUCUAUGGCAUGCACUUGCUGAUACAUAGUAUGUUGGAGUGCUCUCGUCGUAUGAAAGUUGGCUAUGCCACCUAUAAGGAAUCUGUGAUAUAUUCCUUUAAGCAGGGACCUGUAUGCUUCAGGUGCUGGGCCAAGGCUGGAGGUUACUUUGUUGACUUGGUUUUAUGCUGUUCCCACUAUGGCAUGUGUGUGGUGUAUAUUGUCUUUGUGGCCGUUGGUUACAAAUUCAUCAUAGAUCAGUAUACCAAGGCUUUAGAUCUACGCAUCUAUGUGGGGAUUGUGGGACUCCUUAGCAUCCCAUUGUUUAUGAUCCGGAAACUCGGCAACUUGGUCUCCAUCAAUAUGAUAUCCAAUGCCUUGGCUUACUUUGGUUUCAUCUUCAUGUUCUAUUUCCUGUUUAUAGGACUGCCUCCGAUUACCGAGCGCCGUCACAUAUUCGGUGAUGUAAAUAAGAUGGCCCUCUUCCUUGGCAUUGCUCUGUUCUCCAUCAGCUCAGUGGGUGUGAUCCUGGCCAUUGAGGCGAUGAUGGAAACGCCACAGGACUAUAUGGGUUGUUGUGGUAUGCUCAACAUGUCCAUCGCCGUUAUCCUGAUCUCGUAUGCAAUCUUUGGAGUCUUUGGCUACUGGCGUUUUGGGGACAAAAUAGCUGGGUGUAUUUCCUUAAAUCUGCCCGCCAAUCAAGCAGUUGCGACUGUCUCUAGUGUCUUGAUUGUCACUUCCAUCUUCUUGACGUAUCCGGUAUCCGGAUAUGUGGUUAUCGACAACAUAAUGAAUAACUAUUUAAACAAGAAUGGAAAACUGGAGCGCCCGAAACGCAAGGAGAUCAUCGUCCGCUUAGUGUUUGUUCUGAUGACCACUGGGAAUGCCUUGCUACCCCUUAAUUUGAUUCCCCUGCUUUCGUUGAUUGGAGCCUUCUCCAUUUCCUUGCUGAACCUCAUCUUUCCGGCCCUCAUUGAAAUCUGCCUGUACUAUCCGCCGGAAUAUAGGAUAGGCAGAAAAAAGUGGAAGCUAUGGAAGAACCUUUUUCUCAUCAGUAUUGGCAUCUUUGUAUUAAUAAUCGGCACCUACUUUGCCAUAAUGGAAAUGCUUGAGACUUGGGGCAGGAGCAACGUUGGAUCAUACAAUCGAAAAUGACAUUACCUUGGAAAGAACUGGGAAUCCCUGCUAAUCUGCACUCCUCAUUAAGUAAUGAAAGAUAAAUUUAUAUGUGUAAUGACAAUUUUGGUAUAGAUUUUACACCUUGAAAUAUUGUUGGAUAAUGACAUUUGAAAGCUUAGUGUAGAAAAGGAUAUUUGAUAUAUGAGUUUAUAAUGACAAACAAUUACUAAUACUGCAAAUGCAUAACUAAAUUUGGAAAUAAUUAAAGGAGUGAAAAAAUAA